UCUCUCUUAAACCAAAAUGCUUCAAGAUAGCGAGUCGGAGCAGCUUCAUCACAAGUAUAACGCAGCUGCUUCAAGGCUCGCGUCACUCCCGAGCCCUCAGUCGUUGUGUAGCGGUGGAAGACGAGGUGGUCCUUGCCUCUCAGGACUGUUCCUUGUGGGCGGGCAUGAUGCGGAGGGUGUGGGCGUGGUGGCUGGUGGUAGCGCUGGUGGUGGUGGUGCGGGUGGCUGCUGGUGCGGGUACGGAGACUCCCUUGGUGACAACGAUGGCUUCAAAACAGGACGAUGAGCCGCUGCCGCCCCUGCCCUCCCUCGCUGAUCUGAUGAGCAACGCCGAAGAGAGACCCUUGGACACCAUCGCAGACCUCUACUCCUACACCAAAGAGAUCCGCAACGCAGCGCAAACUCUCAUCGCCAAGGCCUUUGCGGCGCGGCUUCGCAGGCGUCGGCGAGAUCUGAACAUCCUGUCGGUCAACGUGAGCGGCGCGGAGCCUUACCCCCUGCCCUUCAGCAUCCAGGCCAUGCAGGUGACGGCCUUCUACGCCCUGCACACGCCUGAAGUAACCUACCUCAUCCUGGGGACGUACAGCAACCAGAGACAGCUGCUGGUGGAGCUGCGCGGCCUGGUGGUGCGAGAGAUUGGCAUUCAGCUCGAGCCCUCAUACUCUCCCGUCACUCAGAUAACCGCCGUGGUGCACCAAGGGAUGCUGUGGGUAGUCUUCGGCUUCCCCCACUCUGUCCAAGUUCGCUGCAUAAACCAAGGCGAUCUGGAGGUGCAAGAAGCGCCGACCCUGAUGGUGCAUGAGCUGGGUGCCCUACACUUCAUCUGUGCAGAAGACAAGCUGUACCUGGUGAUCGGAGAGAAGCAGCAGGAUUCCACGAUAUACAGGCUGGAAAGGAGGAAACUGUUUGACCAGAUGGAGGACGUGGAGCUGAGGACCAAGGGCGUCACGGCCAUCACGGGGUUCUACGACGACGACCACCACAUCUACUACAUCGUGUUCGGGAUGACUGUUCAGGGCGGGUCGCAGAAGGAGUCCCAUGAGAGGCUGCAGGUGUACCAGCUCAACGUGAAGGCGGAACCAUGGGCGGUGGCGGUGCGGCUGCUUCAGGAGGUGCACGGCCUACAAGUCCAAGCCGCCCUGCAGUUCCGCGACCUUCAGGACAACAACCUGUACCUGGCAGUCCUCAUCGCUGGUGCCCAGCCACGCAUCUACUGGUGGAACUGGGACCAGCUGCAGGAGUGGCAGACCCUUGAAUCUCCGCCAGUAGACGCCAGUACCUCUUUGGCCGUGGUGUCCCUCUCGAACCUGGAGAAUGUCCUCUGCCUCGCUCACCAGAACAUCCUCAUAUUCUACACCGAUGACCUGACGGGCCACUACGUUGUCAACUUGGUGGAAAGAACCUCGUGUGACUCCCUGUCCAGCCUGCAGACAUUCAGGGUGGGGCAGGACCACUUCAUCGUCUAUCUGUGCUUGGAUGGCGCCACGGGAACCAGCACACUGCAGGGGCGGCGCCUCGUGUUGUCUGAGAGGAAGCUUGUAAAGUCAGUGACGCGCGCUGACGAGCUGCUGGCGUGCCUGGAGGACCUGGGCACUGCUGUCGAGGCACGGAGACACGACAUCGCGCACCUCAAGAACGACCUCGCCACGCGGCCCAUCAUGACAGUUGACGGAACGCAGGUGUGGCAGGGUCCCAUCACCUUUGCUCAGGGAGUAACCGUAACUGGCACCACCACCUUCACUCAACCGCUCGUCAUCCAGGUGCCCCACGGGGAUGUGGCGGUCCUCGGCUCUUCCUCCUCCGUGAAAUCACAAAUCGAUGCACUCGGGGCUGCUGUCAAGGACGUAGUGGACAGUUCCAACAGGGUCUUGUACUUCUCCGAGGACCAGAGCUUCCCUGGUCCCGUGGUGGCUAGCGCCAUGCAGGUUGACACGGCCCACCUCGGCACCUUCAGGAUAGGCAAGCUCAACGAUCUAGACAUGACGGAGGUGGGGCGAAAGGUACUCAUGAUGGGGGUGGACCAGCAGAUCAACGCCAGCCUCGCCAUAGACACACUCACCGCUCGCAACGUUACCACCCGUCCCGCCAGCGCCACCAUCAACGGGGUGCUGACGGCAGAUUUUAUGCGGCAGAGUGUCCGGCAUCAGGUGGUGACAGGCCAGCACAAAUACAAGGACCUGAGUGUUAGUGGCAGCAUCUUGCCUCACCCCGCCGCUGCCCAGAAUUUCACCAUCAAUGGCAUCCCCAUCUCCUCCAUGGUGAAGAAAGGCUCCUCCGUCACCUUCCGCGGCCCCAAAACAAUCAAGAACCUGUUGGUGGUGGGCGGGGUCAACGCACGCCUCGUCAAUGGGGCGUCGCUGCGGGCACUGGCGCAGCGGGUGGUGUACACAGACGUGGCGGAGAUGCAGACGAUUAGCGGCGCCGUCACCUUGAAUGCCGUGCACGUGGCUGGCAACGUGGACGUGAUGUCACUUAACGGCGUGGACCUGAGGCACCUGGACGCCAACACGGUGAAGACCACGGGGGAUUUCGUCCUGCAAGGUCCAGUGAGGUACAUGAAACCCCUGAGGGUCACUGGAAACAUGCGUGUGUCUGUGGUCAACGGGGUGAAGUGGCGGGAUCUUCUAGACCGUCAGUCUCCACACAAGCAGGUCCUCUCCAGGUUCACCUUCACCUCGGCCUUUGUCUCACACGCUUUAGUUAGUGACGACAUCAAUGGCCUCAACCUGAGUGAAGAUGUGGUGCUUGUCGACGCCACGCAGACCAUCCAAGGUCGAGUGAGGUUUGCGAACACCGUGACUGUGACGGGACCCUCUGGCGUGCUUGUGGACGAGGGCGUGACGAUCAACAACGUGGACAUCUCGCGGCUCCUGGACAAUGUGGCUAACAUCGGGGUGCUGGUGGUGCCCGAGCCUGUCACCUUCAACCAGCCCCUCACGUGUUCCGGGGACAUCACCGCCACAAAAAUAAACGGUCUGCCACUGGAGGGCAUCGAGGAACGAUACUGGCGGAAGUCCGUGCCACAGGUGGUGGAGGCACCCGUCACCCUCGCCCGUGCUGAGUUCCUGGAGGAAGUGACGGGCAGUAGCCUGAAUGGCCUGCAGAUGACAGACUUCCUCACCUACAACACAUCCCAGGAGAUAUCUGGCACCUACGAGUUCACGAAGCCAGUGGUGGUGGAGGGAGACCUGUGGCUGGGCGUUGGCUCCACCGUGAAUGGCGUGGACCUGGUGGCGCUGAACAGGACGGUGCUCAGCCUGUAUGGAGACCAGACCAUUGACGGCCCCCUGGUGGGCGGCCGCGUGACUGUUGGUUACCUGGACCUGUCUGGCACACUCAAUGGUCUGGACCCGCUCACCGAUUUCUUGCGACUGGACCGCACCCUGCAGCACAAUAGCCAGCUGACCUUCAUCGGCAGGACGGUGGCUACGCAGUUGACCCUGGCGGGGAACCUGACCGUGGCCUCCCUCAACGGCCUACAGGUGGAGGUGGUGGCACGUGAGCUGGUGCUGCGGGACCAGAACGCCACCAUCAGGGGCCCCCACGUCCUCCACCUGGCACAGAACUCUACAGUGGUUCACCUCAAUGUGAGCGGCACGCUGGACGGGGUGGACCUCAACAAUUUGCUGUCUCGCGCACUGCUCAAGACCUCCCCGCCAGGCACCUUCCAGGAGAUGACGGGCCACCUGCACGUCACCGGCGCCGUCAACUUCGCCCACUCCCUCGCCGUGCACACUGUCAACGGCAAGCACUUCACCAGCUACCUGCGCAAUGUGGUUCCGAGGGACUACACAGGCGUCAUCAGGGGCACCAAGACCUUUCUGGGCCCUGUGUCUGUGCAGGGUAACCUGGACGCCGCCUCCAUCAACGGGCGUGACUUGAGGGAGUUUGCCAGUAACGUGUUUACGAAGACCGGCGACCAGACCAUCCGGGCACACUACACCUUUGCCUCCGCUACGAUUGACCAUCUGACGACGCCCACUAUCAACAACAUCACCAUGAGCCAAGUGUUGCUGGUGGACAAGCCCGGGUAUCUGACAGGCACCACCACCUUCCGGGCGCCCCUCACCGUCAAGGGCCACCUCACCUCCGCCUCCACCUCCCUCGCCGGCUGUGACCUGAACCGGCUGACCAACAUAAACAUGGAGCGUGGCAGUGACGGCAGCCUGCACGUGUAUAGCCCGAUGACCAUCAAGCGUCUCUUCGUUAACGGCAGUGUGAACGCUCCAGCCGGCGUUUGGGUGGGCGACGAGGUGAACUUGGACACCUUCCUGGGCUCUCUUGUUCUGAAGUCUGAAAAUCAAGACAUACACGGUUCUGUGGACUUCCUCUCCCACGUGACCGUGGAUGAGGCGUUCGUGGCCACCAUCAACAGCGUGAACAUCUCCAACAUGCUGUCCCAGAGUGUGCUGUGGAACGAAGAGGAGAUCAUCGAGUGUGACCUUGAGUUCCGGCACCCCAUCCGAGUGAGGCAGCUGGUGGUGAGGGGCGCAUUGGCGGAUCCAGCGGGCACGGGGCUCCUAUUGGGUGGCGUUAACGUGUCACGGGUGGCGGCGGGGGCGGUGCGGGACCAGGGACAGACCAUCGUUAUUACUGGAGACAAGACCUUCGCUAAUGGGUUCACCGCUCGGAAUCUGAUUGUUAAUGGCUCGAUAGAUGGCGUGCCUGUUGCGGACCUGGUGACCCUGAGUGGCAACGGUCCCAUGCUGGAGUCUGCCGUCUUCCGUGCGCCCAUCACCGUGCGGGGAAACCUGAAGGUACACGGCCUUGUUGACGGGAUGGAUCUGGAGGAAGUGUUCUCCAAUCGCAUAGACCUCAGGAAGCCGCAGGAAGUGUACGGCAGCUGCUCCUUCUACGCCAUCAAGGUGCUUGGAGACUUAGAGGUUGCGGUGAUAAACGACGUGGUGCUGGCUGACCUGGUGCUGCGGGAGGGGAGGGCGGUGCAGGUGGUGGAGGGGCCCAAGACCUUCUCCGGGGGCCUGGUGGUGCACGGGGCCAUCAACACGACCCUCCUGAACGGCGUGGAUGUGGUGGCCAUGAACCGCUCCCUCCUGAGACUGGACCAGCCCACCACCAUCAACAGCAGAGUGAGGUUUGCUGGCCUGGUGGUGGCUGAGAAGGCGGUGGGCGGCUCAGUGCAGGGACACGACGCACAGAACCUCUCGAAGCAGUUGGAUCAGUUGAAAGCCACCAGCACCGCCCAGUACAACCACCUCCUGGAACUCCAUAAAGACAUUGACAAGCGCGUGACAGCCAACCUCGCUGCAGCCCAGGACAUGUUCGUGGCGCUGCAUCACCUGGGCUGGAUCACCUCCCACCCCCUGCCUGCGUCGUCCCUGCUCCACACUCUCUCCGCCUACCCCUCCCGGAGCGAGGACACUCUUCUGCUGGUGAAGGAGUGCGGCCACACCUGCAAAUGCUCCUCCCGCACCGCCUUCUAUAAGGUGUGGGAGGACGGUCACCGCGCACCUGACCUGCACGCCGUCGCCUCUGGGUCAGUCUUCUUCCUGCCAGCGCCUUCCCUGCAGCUGUCUGUCAUCCUGGAAGUCCCGUGUGAGGGCGGAGGCACCUUCAAGCUGCGAGGGGCGGCGGGUGAGCAGACCUUCCCGCUGGAGAGGUGGUCGCUGGGCCUCGUGGCGGACGUUGGCAUCUUCGUGGACAACGGCAUGGCGUACGUGGUGACGGCAGGGAGACUGGAUGAGGCCACCAACGUGACUAGGACGACCGUGGUGGUGCUGCGCGUGAGUUACGAUCACCGCUACGUGGAACGCAUCUGGGGCCAGCACUCCCGCCGCAGCGCAUCCAAGCUUGAUCUGACGCAGAUCGGAUCCACGUGGUACCUGGUGGUGGCCAACGAGAUGGAGCUGGGCAGGAUGAACAAGUACACGACUGUCUCUACCCUGUAUGUGUGGGCCAGCCUGGAGGAGAGCUUUAUAGUCCAGAGGAAUUACAUCGGCCAUCGCGUGACGUCUGCAAUGUUCCUGAAGGUGACACAGCCGUUGGAGGAGCACUUCCUGGUCCUCGCGCAGCUCCGGGCCGCCAGCCACCACUCCGACACGCGGGUCCUGGUGUACAAGCACGACACCACCACAGGCACCUUUGAGGAGUUCCAGGUGGUGCCGACAAGUGACGUGGGCUUCCCUGCGACCCUCUACGUGGGCACCAGCCUCUACAUGCUACUACUGUCUGAGGAGGAGCGACUUGACGUGUACUGCUACAUUCCCCUCGAGGGCUUCCGGCUGCAGCAGAGCGUGGGCAUCCCUGGCUCAAUCUCCAUGGCUGUGAUUGGCUUCCAGGACGGCAGCCAGCAGGUGUGGGUGUCCACAGAGGCCCCCGCCGGGCUGCAAGCUUUCAAGGUGUGGCACAAAGGUGUGGACCCGAGCAAGCUGUGAGUGCUGUGAGGCUGAGAGAGGGACUGCUGCAGAUGACCUUCUGGUGACGGUGGCGGUGGCGGGGUCUGUGGGAGUCUGUGAAUGUUUGCUGGUCGAUAUAGUGGUUAAGAUGACGCCUGUUAUGAUUUGAAGCUAUCUUAUUAUUGUUUUUUUGUGAUCACAUCAGUCCUGUAUUAUUUGAGGGCUGUUCGGUGGCCUGCAGGUGUAAAGGUUUGUUUAUUGGUCGAUAUGGUGGUUAAGAUGACGCCUGUUAUGGCUUCCAAUUAUUUCAUUACUGGUCUUAUGUGAAGUCUACCUCAAGUGACUGUAUGUGUUCACGCUAACUUGACUGCUCACUAACUGCGUACGUAGAUUAGGGGUAAUGAAAACGAUUGAUGUUUUAACAGUACAUAUUGACGACAAUGUUAAUAAGAAUAUUAUUAUUAUUAUUAUUUUAAUUCAUUCAUUUAUUUUCUUGUAUUACGCAUUACGUGAUGCGUGAAUGAUUACUACUGAAGAAAAAUCACAUCA